AUGAGCUUCGGCGAAAUCAUAACCCUAAAUGUUGGUGGAAGAAAGUAGGUGUUUAUAUUAUCUUUUUUUCCCUUUUAUUGUUGCUGUGGACUGACAUGUUAGGGAAACUUUGUGCCCUGUUGCCACAGCUAUCAGCAGCUAUCCAGAGAUGUCGACUGAUCAAAAAUGUGGUAGAGAUUUAUUACUUGUAUUGUGAAAGACUUAGUAAUAUGUGUAUAGGUGACCUUUACGUAAUCAGUGACUACUUUUACAUUUACAGCGUUCAAGCUGUAGUAACAGUUAAAUAAUAAGAAAAAUUCAGUUCAAUCAGCAGUUCAGUUCGCUCGCUGUGACCAUCCCGCUGUGGAUGCAUGCAUAAACUUAAGCUUGUGGUAGUUUCGGAUUUCUGUACGUCGUAAGCCAUUGGUAGAAAAAAUAAAACGUACAGUGUCUAUUUUAAUUCAGGUCUUUGUAUUGCCUAAGUUACCUGUGAUAUUAUUGCUUAAAAUUUCUUUGUGAAUUUCAUUUAAGAUACAUUACAUUACAUUUGGUAGGUUUUUGUAGAGCUUUAUAAAGCCUUGUGCUCUCUGGUGAUGCAAGCAUAGGCAUAAGCAUUACUUGGUCCUCAGCCAGUGAUGCAAGGAUAAGUUUAAGCAUAAGAAGCGUAUGCGCUAGUGAUGAUGGCCUUGACGUACGUACAAGCAUGAACACAAGAACAUCAAAACCUGGCAUUCUUCUUUAUAUUAUGCUCGUGCUUAAUUCAGGGCUGUCUCCAUAUGGUUAUGCCAAUGCUUAUGUGUGUGCUUGCGUCACUAGUGAGGACUGAGCUUAUAGUACAAUGUACCUGGAUCAUACCUCACUGUAUUUUAUUUGUCAUCCAUUUUAAAGGUGUUAUUUCACUCAAAACAACAAGUUUGUGGUGAUGCCCACCUGUCUCUGAUCCCAAGCAUUUUGUUGAUAUGACUAUGUCAAUGAUUAAUGCUGGUACCAGGCACCAACACCAUCCAGAUCAAUUUAGGUUUCUGAGAAACUGCCCACCUACCCCUAGUAGGCGGCGAUUUUCGUUGGCAGCCGGCUACUUUUGACAACCCUGAUUGGAUGAUCAUAUUAGUAGCCUGCUCUCGCGUGCCGAAAUUCUCCUCCCCUUCCCCUUUUAACACCUGCCACGCAGGCAAACAUAUUAGAUGUCACUCAUGCAACUUUGACUUUGGUAGAUGUACAUCGCAGAAUGAUAUGGUUAUUGUUAUUAUUAUUGGCAGGUUUUCAACAUCAAAGCAGACCCUGACAUGGAUUCCAGACUCAUUUUUCUCCAGGUAAGUGCAUUGUAUUAAAUCACAAUGUCUUUGACCUGAUCUUCAAUAUUAUUUAUGUCAUCUGGUCGGAUCAACUUAAAUGUAGCUCCAAGUAGAGUUAAAAAGUAUAGAAAACAUUCUUGGCCAUCAUUAAUGGUACAAGUACAGUGGAACUCCGCCUUACAGCCACCUCAGUCAUACCGUCAACUUGUUAUUAUGGCCACUUUUUUGGGGCCAUACGGCAAAAUGGCCAUACAUUUUCUUGUAAACCUGUUGAUAUGGCUAAAUUUUUUGGCCUAUUGGUGACCGUAUUAAUGGGGUUCCACUGUGGUAUGUACAUUGUAUAUUGCACCGAUAACCUUCCCUGUGAUAGCAGGCGCAGAAAUGUCAAAAUGAGUAGAGGAAGGGGAUUAGGGGGAAGGGAAAAGGGGAGGGGGUUUCUCCCUCUCUCUCUCCCCUACCCCCCUCCCCCCACAGAAACAGAAACCAUACUAUGAACAAGAAAAUAUUUGAAUUGUGGGCAGGAGAUAAAUUGGUCAUCUGUACGGAAGACCAGGAGAUUUGUGCCAUGUCUGGGAGAAAUGGCAUAGUAUGGCAGAUUAUUAACCACGUUAUUUCACAUAGUUUAUUCUUGUGUAACUAUAAAAAAUUGCGAUAAAACAUUUCUUAAAAUCAUUUUAAGAUUAAAAAAUUGCUAAAAAGCGACGACGUUUCGACGUUAGCUGAACGUCAUUAUCAAGUCAAAAUAAGUUAGUGAUUUUUGGUCUAUAAAUACUAAAAAAAACAACAAUAGCUGAUUAAAAAAUUGUAACGUGAGAAAAUAUUAAACAAAAAGUUUCGCGGUACUUAUAAGUCCGUCUGAAUAUUUAAAUUGGGCAAAACCACUUGAUGAAUGAUUUCAAUACUAAACAAUCAAAUUUGUCUGGCACUUUCUUAAAACCGUGAAUUGGCUUUUUCUCUCCAAAGUUGUUGUUUUGAGCUUCUAAGAAAAAUGUCUACCGAUUGCGAAAAAAUGUGCUCAGCAAUGCGUUGAUGAAGGUGUCGGGCUUGUGUGUCUGUUCACAUGAAAAUUGGUAAACAACACACUGCUUAUUAACAAUUGACGGCUUGAUUUCUUUGGGUCUAAGGUCUUGCCCCAAUUUCUUGCUCACAAAAACUGGUUGCAAAAGUAGGGCCAAUCUUAUGGCUAAGAUCGCGAACUGCUUACGAACCGCAUUAUCCACUUGAUCUUUAAAAGGAAGACUAAUUCUUACUGUGCUACUAUCAUCAUUGUUUCUUUCUGCUUUGUCCGCUGAGGAAUUUAGAGAAAGAAACUUUUUGAUAGCAGAAUCAAUAACACUUAUUGGAUAGUCAAGGCGACUAAAUAUAGGCGCAACUUGGCACAUUCUGCAUUGAAAGCCUCUGUUGUAGUAGACGACAAGGAAUAGGCACGAUGUAUCAUUGUCUGUAAUAAAGAGUCUUUAUAGCGUUUAUCCGUGUGACUUUGGAAAUGUAGGAGCAAUCCGGUGUUUGUUGGUUUUCUGUAAACUUGAGUUUCAAGUUUAGUUCCGUUCUUGACGAUUUCAAUGCCAAUAAAAGGGAUCUUGUUAUCCACAGGAAGCUCCAUCGUAAAUGUUAGACUGGGGUGUAGGCCAUUCAGGGUACUAAGAAACUCAGCAGCAGCAUCAACGCUAGGCAUUCUAGCCAGAGUAUCAUCGACGUACCUCUUGUACAACUGGGGCAUCAAGCCCCUGCGUGUAAGCUUUUCUUCAAGAUGACACAUGAAGACAUUGGCCAUUAGAGGACCAAGGGGCGAGCCCAUGGCCACACCAUCUGUCUGUUGGUAAAGUUGACCAUUAAACUGGAAAAGCUGAUUGGUUGUGGCGAUUUCGAGUAGUCUAGCGAGCUGGUCCUGUUGCAGAUUAUUCUUAUGUACUUAUUAUUUGAUUGAAGUGCCUGCCAAGUAUAGCUGCUAGCUGAAGCAGCUUUAUCUGGGAUUGAAAGUUAACAAAGUCAUUUUGAUUGAGUGGCUUAUGAGAGGAGGGUCAGUUUUUGUAAAAAAGCCAGUAAAUUUAGCCUGCUACACACAGUGUGUUCUUUUGACUUGUCACAUAGUACUCCCUAAGAUUUUGUGACAAGCCAAAACAAUAUCUGUAUAGGAGUACAUUUGACAAGUUGUGCUCAAUAGCCUUCCUUAUUUUUCUUAUUUCCUAGUUUAUUAAGUGGAAGAAUUGCAUCUCUCAGAGAUGAAACAGGCGCAGUAAGUUGAAAUUCUGUUAAAGAGUAGGACUAACCAGUCCAUUAUGGCUCUUUAGUAUUAUCACAUAAAUUUUAACCUGUACUGUAUGUUGGAACAUUAUUGACCCUAUGUUGAAAGCAGUUGACAGUCAUAGGUUGAAAAGCAAUACUAAAUUAAACCUUAUUAGAAAAAAUUGCAUAAUUUCUCAUUCUUUAUUGCACCCUAUCAUUUUCACCUAAAAGUAACAAAAAAAUGCAAUAUUAGGAUAAUGUUUUUGUCAAAAACGUUUGUCAGUAACUGACUGUGCAUUGUAAAAUGGGUGUGACAUGUACAGUUUUUUUCAGUAAUUUAUUUGACUCACCUAUCUUCUUAUUUUUAUCUCUCUUUUAAAUAGAUAUUUAUUGAUAGAGACCCAGAUGCAUUUGUGCCCAUUUUGAAUUUCCUCAGGACCAAGGAACUUGAUGCAAGGUAAGGCACUAACUGAAUUUUUAUAACUUCUCAAACUUCUGCUACAUCAGAGUGAGUGAUCUGUUAUCUCCAAUAUGUUGGUGUAAUUUUCCUGGACCUGGAAAAAACUGUCAGAACUGCUUAUUAGUGCUUAAUUGUGGCCAUGCAUUUUCCGUUGCAGAGGAUUAGAUUUGAGAGUUAUCAAGCAUGAAGCUGAGUAUUAUGGUAUCACCCCCCUAGGUAUGUAUAAUUAUUGUGAGAAGCUAUAAAUUAAGUUUCUUUUAAAAAAAAAACCAUUGUCAAAUCGUAUGAAAAGAUCACUCUUGGGAAUACUACCAUGACUGCUUAAUAGACCAUAGAAUUCGAGGAAAGUUGUAUGUUAUAGUAUUGUUACUUUGGCACGUAAAAUAGUGGAGUAAAUGUUUUCUAAUGGUCAUCAAUAAUUUUUAAAGAUAAUAGUAUACAAUUUAAGGAAAGUAAUGUUAGAGAGUCUUGCUAAAUCUGAACAUGACUGAGUUGUUCACUCCAAUUUUCUUACAAAAGGUAAUAAACAACCUAAUGUUUGUUUGAAAAAGAACAGAUCUAUAAGUAUAAUAUAAUAUUUUAAGCCAUGUCUCAUCAAGUCUAAGACACUUGGUGCCCUAUAUUUUGAAGUUGAUUGAACACACUUGCAAAAAAAAAGAAUUUUUAAAGCUAUACAUAAUCAUCCAAAAUCAUGUAUUGCAACCCUGCCCUCUUCCAUUUGGUAGCUCUCAUUUUACAGAUCUGUGAUUUGCUUUAUUAUUUAAACAGCAAAGAGACUGGCUCUGUGUGAGGAAGUGUCCCAUUCAAAAUGUGGUGAUGUACUUUUUCAUGGGUAUCUUAACUCUCCAGGUAACAUUAUUUUUUCGCUGGAAUACAUUUACACUUAAGUUUAACUCUAUUAAUUGAACUAACUUGAGGAACUUACAGUUGGAAGAGCAUAGGCAGAAUGUGUGUUUUUUUGCUAGCUGAGGAAGGAAAGAAGCAGAAAAAGAUAUUUUCACACAUGGCUGGGUUUGAGUGUGUGGGGGUUUUCCGGACACGUGGCAUUGAGAGUUCAAUAAUGUUUUUGUUGUCAUUGGCCAUUGGCUGACCUGUCCCACUCACCCGACCUUUAUUUGAAUUUGUUUUGUUUUAGGAUUUAAAAUAUUGCUGUAGUUCUGGUUGAGUAUCGAGUCUCAGUUUCUUGUCAGCCAUUUAUUAGCACUUUUUGUGCUGUAAUACUUGUGAUUUGUGGUGUUGAUACAGUGGAACCCCGAUAUAAUGAUAUGCCAAGGGAGCAGUGGAAUUAGAUCGUUAUAUCGAGGUAUCGUUAUAUCGAGACUCCCGAUAUAACGAUAUUGUCGUAAAAUAACCGAAAAUAUCGUUAUAUCGGGGUAAAAUUAACAUGCACUUUUUUUACUACAUAUUGUUUAAUUAAACUUGUAAUGAGUAUCAAAUAACUCACAAUGUAGCUUUUCAAACACACAGCAAUGUCCUUAAAAUAUUUGCAAAGCAUUAAGACGUUAUCAAGUUUACACAACAAAGUCUGUGGUAUGAAUCGUAAAAGGGAAAUUAAUAUUAAAAUUGUCUUUACUUUCCGCUGUUUGCGUGUUCAUUGUUUUUCUUUUUCAACAGACACUUGUUCAUUAAUUAAAGUACUCUUCAAGUUUGGUUUGCCUCAUUUGUUUUAUUUGCAAUCUUGAAAACGCAUCCUCCAUCGCUGAAAGAGAGGAAAGGAAUUCUCUCUCUCUUUCGCCCGAAUCAUCCAACGUAAUAAUAAAAUCUCUAAUUGCUUUGACAGCUUCAGUAGCUUGCACAGGAGUCAGGCCUAGGGUCGUAGGUUCAAUCACUAAUAUAUCAUCAUCAGAGUCUGACUCGUCCCCUUGAGAGCUAGCAUGCGCAACUGUAUCUGUGUACUGAUACUGUAAUAUCGUUAUAUCAGGGAAGAUUUUGCACUCGGUGCGCUAAAAACGCAUCGUUAUAUCAGGAAUAUUGUUAUAUCGAAGAUCGUUAUAUCGGGGUUCUGUCCCAUACAUUUUACUGUAACUUUCGCCGGGACAUAGCAUAUUUAUCGUUAUACCGGGGAUAUCGUUAUAUCGAGGAUCGUUGUAUCGGGGUUCCACUGUAUUAAAGGUCGGACUGCUUGGUUGGCUUGACAUGGCUCCUAGUUGUGUGUGAGAAAAUAAUUUUGGAUACACUGCACACAGCAAAAAUGUUGACUUGACUCUGUGUCCAAAUUGCUUUUACUUACAAUGUACCCGGUACAUGGUACAAUAAUGAUAAUGAGUAACAUUAUUUAUUAUGUAUCAAUAAUUUUCAAAUUAACUUUUGCUUGUCUGUCUAGUAAUACUGUUGUAUAAUAAUUAAUUACUUUUAAGACAAUAUUUAUUUUAAUGUUUCUCUGGAAUAUGUGUAGCUGUCAACAUUCAUCCAAAGCAUUUAACCCAUGAAUGGUCAUUUGAUUUGUCUAACUUAAGAUGGUUUUACUUUUCUUCCAAAAAAUCACUGAGGGACACUAAACAAUCUCAUAGAAACAAUUUUUUAUCCAAUCUCUCAUCAGAAUUUCCCAUUCCAUCUACAUCAAAACAGUCAUCAUCAAACACUCCUACAAGAAGAAGAAGCACGGCAUCCACAGUAAGUAGGACACCACGGCAUGAAAGAGACACCUCUUCUUACAUUGAAGCCAUCAUCAGGGAAGUUCCUGAUGACUCCUCUGAUCCUUUAGGUGAGUGGGCUGCAUUGUAAGCUCAAUAUUUUUUAAAUGUCAGUUUAUGUGGUAAAUGACGGCAGGAUCAGAGCGGGGGGUCACACAGAUUGCAAGUUUGAUCCCUUAGACCAGACUAAUACUCAGGAUCUAAACUAAACAGUACCAGUUAUGUGAAAUUAGAAGGUAAAGGUUGGAAAUUUGAAUAGAAAUAUUUUGAAGCCAAUCUAAAAUACAUUGUAGAUCUCAAAAAUAGAUCACCCUGCUAGCAGUAAUUCAGGUGAAGUGCAUCAUACUGGUGUGAACAUUGCAUAGUGCCAACACUGUGCCAGGGUCAUGCUAAUGUGGUACCAACAUAGUGAAAACACUGCAUAGUUUCUCCUGAUGUUCAAAUAUAUCUUUGUUAUUCUCUCUAGAUGUGGAUCCGAGAAGAGUUCUUAUGAUUGUUGGGCAUCAUAGUUUUGUAGCAGUUGCCUUUGCUCAUGCUGUAUUCUGCUACAGGUUGGUUUACUGAAGAACUGAACUGAAGUCUAAUAAGUAAAUGUAGCCUCUUUUUUAAAAAUCUGCCUUCAAUCUUUCAUUUAAACCUUCCAUUAGCGAUCAACCGGAGGUUCCAUCUGGGAAAACUUAUUUUGAUAUUUUGUGAUAAGUGGUAACUUACCCGAGGUGGUUGCUCAUGAAAGUUCAACUGUAUUUUGGCACUGUUGUGUUGAUCAUUCAUUAUCAUCCAUCAUCAAUCAAAAUCUUGGGAAGUUAUUUCAUGUGAUGAUUUAUUAUGGAGAAAUGUUCAAUCGAUUAACAUGGAAAAGUAAAAAAUAUACUCAAAAUUGAAAAGAUCAAAUAAAAGUUUGUGUAGUUUUAAUGGACUCGUAUUGCAGCUAUAAGCCAACCAUGACCUUUUUUCUCAUACGUUAAGUACAUUUUAUGUUUUUGUCAUGUUCUAAAGCAUGCCACAUCAGCCAUGCUUUACACCUAAAAGUGGUCCACAGUCUGAGUCAAAAAAACUCAGAAGUAUAUAGUACCUGGACUUUCACACAGAUUAAAAAUAAAUGGAAUUCUUACAUAAACACCUUUUCCAAUAAUAUUAUAAUAGAACUCUUGGCUUUAGAAACUCUCUCUGUCACUGAUGCAUUAUCAAUGUGAAUAUCAAAAAAGCAGUAGGUUUAGCAAGACAACAAGUCUCCACAUGCAGUAUACUUGAUGUCUUUGUCAUCACUGCAAGAAUAUGACAUGAAAAUUUCGACUUGAAGGUUUACCUUUUAUGGAGGAUGUGAACAACCCAGGACAGAAUUUUCUUUCCUUUUUCUGAACUUGGAUAUGGUUCUUACGCAUUCAACUCCAGGAGAGUUGCCUACAUUUUUAUUUUGACAAAGUAAAGUUUAGCCGCCAUAGCCAUUCUUGGAUCUUGAGGUUCCUACUUUGAAUGUGCUGCUUUAAGAUCAAUGUGUUCUUAGUGGAUCAUGUUACUUCUCCUUUACCUAUUGUAGAUCCAAAGACUCUGUGGGCUGGGAGCUUAUUUUUUCCACUCCUUACCUAAAAAACUGUGUGGAAAAAAUGGCACUGAAUGCUAAAGUAACAUCCAGUUCACUUGGUGAUAAAAUGCUGGCAGUAUCAGCAGGUAUGUUUCAUUAACUCUUUCACUCAAUAUUACCCUGUGCCAGGCUCUUGGUCAGGGUAGACAAGCCAAAAAAGCGAGUGAGCAGUGAAAUAACCAGUGAGUGAAAAAGGGCGGGAAGAGAGAAGGGGAUAGCCUGUAAGCUUCUUUUUCAAUACCUCACUCUGCCCACAAUCCGGUUUCAAAAGGUGUGGUGUAGGACAGGGUUCUCAAUCAAACAUCAAAUCGCCGCUUAGGGAUUUAUAGCCGCUUACUUUGUGUUGAAGUCGCUUUUCUUUGCUUUGUUUUGACACCUCUGGCUUUGCUGAAGAGCCUCCUACUUUAUCAGUGAUCACCUCCUACUUAAAAAUCUAUUGAGAACCCUGGUAGGAGGGUUUCCCUUGUUCAACAUGUUUGUUAGACUCUGUGCACAUGAAGCCAAAUGAUUGAUGUUAGAAGUUUUAGAGUAAAAUGUUACACUUGACCAAUCAUAGGGUAUACCAGGAGCUGGUAUACGGGAAUGAAGUAUUGAAAACAAUGGUUACAGGCACCCUUACUCUGUCUCUCCCUGACCUCCACGGGGUUUUCACGCAAUUUUUCUCAAUCCUCUUUCCCCACUAUCUUGGAGCCUGGAACAGGCUAACUCGAUAUCAACAUUGUGAUAUCAACGUCUUGUAGCGGGCUAAACAUAUUUUCAUUAUUAAGCAGGGAUUAGCAGCAACACUCCUAGGAGUUUUAUCAUCCCAUCUCCACUUCCCCUUGCCUCAGACCUUCUCUCCUUUAGUCAAAUGACCAAGAAAGUGGAAAACUGACAUGAUCUUGUCUCUUUCAGAGGGUAAAAUUCGUUUAUGGAGUUUCACGACGACAGACCAUAUCCAAGGUGCCGUAAAAUUUGAAAUUGGUAAGUUUACGGGUUUGGGAUUGAUCAUUUGAAGUGAUUGUUUGUCACAUGAACCUACAGUUUAGUGGCCUUAGCUCCCUCGAGUCUCUUGUAGCUUUGUGGUAGAGUAUCAGCUGGACUGGUAAGCAGAACUGAGGUCAUAGCGUUCGAAUCCUGUUGAAAGUAAUCGGAUUUUAAUUCCAAGUCGCCUAUGUCACUGACUGAAAAAACAUCUUUCCCAAUGAGAUCUUAUUCGUUAAUUGCGUUGCAUUAUUCUCAUUGCGUAAUUAACUUCUCUUUGCAUAUGAAGUUGAAGAGAAUCUGGAUUAAAGAAGCAUUGCCGCGAUCUUUAAACCAAAACGAAAGCACAGCUGGAAAGGUUUCAUUUGAAUGGGUUACACCACAGAUUCAUCCACAAACGCACAAGUUAGAACCUGUUUAUACAGCUUAGUUAAUAAUACCUUGUGAAAGUACUGCUUAAGAGCGUUUAUCUUUAUCGUCACACCGUAGUAGAACUUCAUCCAUCGACUGACAAAACUUGCAAGAUGUGUGAAAGUGAUUGGAAUGCACAAAGCCAGCUUAGAAAACAUGAAAAUAAUACAUACUCAGUUAGAGUAACAUGUUGCACGACCCUCCACACCUUUCUGGCUUCACGUUUUAUAGAAGACUGAAACUGUUUAUUUGCAGGAACAUUCAACCUUAGUGUACCAGUAGAUGCUUUGUUUUUCAUUGGAAGCCAGCUUGUUGCUACCAGCCACACAGGCAAGAUUGGAGUAUGGAAUUCUAUGACACAGCAUUGGCAGGUAUGUAUACAAAAUGUGAGUUCAACUUCCAGCUCAGCUAAUUCGUCCCACGUCGACCUGUAUGAUUUAUACAUAAUAGUCUUAAGGGGACGCCAGGCAGGCUCUUUCUUCCCUCUACCAAUCACCCAACGUACAUAUCUCCUGCGCGUUUUUCUUGUUAACAGAUCAGUUGUCGGUUUUCAUCCCCUCCUUAGUAGCCACAGAUGACGUCACGACUAGAAAAAUGGCUCCAUGCCUAGAAACGACUAGACUACGAGUAGUCCCCCAUUUUUCCUCAGGGAUAGUAGAGCGAGCGAAACGCGAGCGCGCGUGAAAAUCACCCCAUGCGAGAAAAGGCGACGCAAGGUAAGGAACGACUCAAGGAAGACUAGGGCCGAAUCACUAAAGUAGGGAGAAGUGAACGUAGUCACUGUCAGCUUUUGAUCCAGUGAGCGGAUCAAUUUAUGUUUCUGGCAAACUGCCACUUACCCCUCCCCUAAGUCAACAUCAACACUUACUUCUCUUUUUGGGCCAAAUGUUGGCUUAGGGGAGGGGUAGGGGCAGUUUCCAGAAACCUAAGGGAUCAGCUCGUCCGCGUAAAAUUUGUAAAGAGAGCAUCUUGGGUGGUAGAUAAGGACGCAAUUUGUUGUUUCUGCGUAAUUUUAAAGUUUGGGAUAAAUGAGAGAAAAAAAGGCACUUUUUUGCUAUGUUUUAGAUCCAAGAUGUAAUGCCGAUUUCCAGCUAUGACACAGCAGGUUCUUUUCUUCUCCUUGGAUGUACGAAUGGUUCGAUUUAUUACAUCGGUAAGUUUGUUAUUAUAAUUUCAUUUAUAUGUGGAGGUGUGGUAUUCUAUUAAGUGCACAGGUAACCCCGGCUCACUAUUAUUUUGUGUCACGUACGGGUUUCUUAUAACAUGAGUAAAUAUAGAGAACAUAUGGGGACAAUAGGUCUGGAAAUUUGCUAGAAAAUGGAAAUAAACAUCGAUGAAACUUACUAUGUGGCGAGUUUUUGUUGUCCUUAAUAGGCACACGAAGUUUCGGGAAAAAUAGUCUUCUUCAUCUUUCUUACAUGCCACUAUGCUAGGUAGGAAAGAUGAAGGAGACUAUUUUUCCCGAAACUUUGUAACACCUCUAUGUUUACUCUGUAAAACUGUGAAAGUUUGGCCUUAUUUGUUUUAUAGAUAUGCAGAAAUUUCCGCUAAGAAUGAAAGACAACGAUCUUCUUGUAACCGAACUGUAUAAAGAUCCAAACGAAGACAUGGUGACAGCACUCAGCGUCUAUCUAACGCCAAAGACUUGUAAGUAAGGAGGCAAAUUGCAUGUUUUAUCCUUGUUGCGAGCAGCAACCAAUCAGGUAUCGACACUUCAUGUGUGCUAACACGGACAAAUUGGUCAAGUACCCCGUGAUCUUAAUUUCUAGCCAUUUUUGUGUUGUUCAGACAAUUCAAACGCGUGAAAUUCUGAGGAGGGUUGUUUUCAUUUUAGUAACCAACAUGUCCACCGUUCAGCUACAUUAACAUAAACCGUGGUAUGAAAGAAACGUUGUGCUUUCCCAGACCGGCGACCGAACCCAGGCCACGGCGGUGAGAGCGCCUGGUUCCAAGCACUGCCCCAUGUGGGAAAUACGAGGAAAAUCUGUUGUCCGUUUAGUCUGUUAGUUUAACUGGCCAAUUGUCUGUCAGUUGGAAAAUAAGCUAAAGACAAAACCUCAUGUGAGCGCCAGCGGAAGCGAAACGCAUAAAAUUGAUUCUUUCAACCAACGUUAAUAAUCGAUGUAAGAAUAGCGCAAAAGAGUGACGAUUUGAGCUUGGCUACAUAAACUGUGGUAAAAAAAAAAAAUGCUUUUUUCCACACCGGGAAUCGAACCCGGGCCACGGCGGUGAGAGCGCCGGAUCCUAACCUCUAGACCAUGUGGGAAUCGACGGACAACGGGCCGAAAACAUUUGCUUUAUGUAGUGCGUAUGUAGAAACUUCAGUAUCUGCUGCCUGUGUUGUCCUUUUUUACUUUCUUUAUCCAGAUCUGCAUUAAUAUGGCCUUUUGUGCUAAUAUUCUGCUAAAAAAUAGAAGCUGUCUAGGUUUCAACCCAUACCCCCCGGAGAGGGGGGGCUACUCCUUGGAAUUCGUGGUGGGGGGUGGGGUGCCGCCCCCUCGAGAACCAUACCCGAUUCCAGACUAAAAUGGGCAGAGUCUGUACCCUUUUUCAGACCAAAACGGCGCAAAAAACCCAACCCUUUGGGGCGGCACAUCCCUAUAUGGCUUAUAUAAGGGAGUACCCCCCCCCCCCCCCGGCGACCAUUACCUCCCCAAUGCCAUUGCGUUGUGUCGCAAGACAAGAAACUGCUCCAGGCCAGUUUGUCUCUCCUCACUAUAAAUGGGUACCGGGAAAAUACCGCCGGGGUAACCAUGCAAUGGACUGCUUUCCCAUUUAGCAAUGCUCUAAGGUACUUAUCCUGUAGAAACCGGGAUAAACUCUGCCCUGAUAAACCUCGGUGGUUCGUAGUGCGCCUAUCCCAGCUCGACUGGGUCAAUCGUUUUUCCCAUACCUUAAUACAACUAAGUAUCAACAGGGAAUGUUGUUGAAUAGAUCGCUAUAGAUUGAGAGAGUAGGGAGAGUAUCAAAGUAUCGUAAUCGUAGACAAAUCUUAAGUUCGCUUGUAAUGGCAGGGUAACUGGUCGUUUCGCCCCGGUUACUUAGCCCCCUAUUUUCGAGUCAUUUAGAGCGCUUCAAAUGUAAUAUUCCUCGUUCUAUAAGCCAUAACGCAAACAAGCGCACUUCCAUUCUUGAAAUGUAAUAUUCCUCGUUUUUUAAGCCAUAAAGCAAACAAGCGCGCCUUAAGUGUAAUAUUCCUCGUUCUUUAAGCCAUAAAACAAAACAAUCGCGCUUCAAAUGUAAUAUUCCUCGUUCUUUAAGCCAUAAAUCAAAACAAGCACGCUUCAAGUAUAUUAUUCCUUGUCCUAGAAUAGGGGGCUAAGUGAAUGACUUAAAGCGAGAUGACCGGUAACCAAUGGCGGGGAUCCCAAUAAAGGUGGUAGCGUAAAUUGUUGCCGUGGGUCUAAUAGCCCACAUUCGAUAUAUUAAAAUUCUAAUAUGACUCCGAGGCUUUCUUGUCAUAUUUCUCUAUCUGGUUUGGUUUUCUUUGUGAUCAAGUCUUUUCUGGGAAUUGCCAGACAAUGGAUUCGGAAAAAUUUGCAAUUUUGUCUCUAAUAUAUCGAACGUGGCCUAUUGGGCUAUUGUUCGAAGGACGAUUAGCCCUGAUCCCGGGUUUUAUGCAAUGUCACACGAAGCGGAGAUUGCCCCACCCCUCUACAAAGCACACCAAGGUUCAGCUAUAUUUACAUAGACGUUUUCUUUUAAGGUUUAAGUGGGAACUGGAUCGAGAUCGCGUACGGUACCAGUUCAGGGACUGUGCGAGUUAUUGUACAACACCCCGAGACAGUUGGCCACGGACCACAGCUCUUCCAAACAUUCAUGGUUCACCGGAAUCCAGUUGUGAAAGUGAUGCUGAGCGAGAAAAACCUCGUGUCUUUAUGUUCAGAGUAUAAUCACGUGCGCACGUGGAACGUAACACGCUUCCGUGGCAUGAUCUCCACGCAGCCUGGUUCCACGCCCCUGGCAUCCUUUAACGUGGUUUCUCUUGAGUCACAGGAUACCCACCCUAGCUCGUUGGCUGGUAACGUUAUUGGUGAGUGCGUUCACACAGUAAUUGCUUCUUGAAUUAAUAAAUUGACAAAGUCUCUAACCACAGCAACCUAAUCAGAAAGUACAAGGCUGUGUUUCAACCGCAGUUGCCUGUGAACUAUUCUGCUUUUCUUGUCUUUUGUUUGUUUGUCUUCUUCUUUUUUUUUGCAUCUCAUUGUACUUACUCCAAUGUCUUUGCCUUCGUAGCUGGCGUUAUCGAAGGCGAGGCGAAAUUUUUGGCGGUUGAUCCUCAUCGUAGUGCUUUCUCCCUCUUUUCUCAUAACCUCCUACGUCCUGUACCCAAAGCAUCGGGUCACCCAGUGCACGUGAAGGGCGUUGGAGAUACCACUGUACUUUAAUUAGGGUUUUGCAGCCAAAAACUUGCCCCUGCAAGUAUAAUCCUCCCAGCAAAGUACCUCUUGCCCUCACUGGAACCGUAUUAUCGACAUGUUCAACACUGUCUGCCCUGUAGUAAGAACCAGAGGAAAGUUUGCUUUUGAAAAGUCCGUUCUUUCAUAAACGUCAACUGUGCGUCUUCACCCCUAAUAGAUCAUACCCGGGUGUUUAAUGACUGUUUGAGCUAUGAGUAGCACUCUAUAUAUUGUCGUGUAUAAAUCCAUAAUGCACCAUUUUUAUCUCUCGUCACCAGGCCCCUUUGGUGAGCGUGACGAUCAGCAGGUGUUUAUUCAGAAGCUCGUUCCAGACACUGAUCACGUGAUCGUACGGUUCUCGUCCACUGGAAAAAGGUAAGUACGGCCUAACCUGGGAUCAAGAUCUCCAUUUUACAGCGACCGAAGCGAGCCGCGAUAUAACGUCCGCCCUUCACACUCGCUCCUCUUUUCGUGUCCCGCUCGCCCGUGACUUCUCGCGUCUCGCUUGCACACAGGCUAAGCACAAUCCGGAUUGUAAUCUAGGAUUUAAACGGUUAGGUAUCUGCUGUGUUAUCUUGCUAAUUUGUUUCUUGUACUUUUACUGAGCAGGUAAUUUGUUGCGUUUUUUUAGAAUCUGCACAAUUCGUUCAGUAGACGGGAGCAGCAUCACUUCAUAUUGCGUGCACGAAUGUGACGCCUCCAGCAGAAUGGGUUCCAGACCCCGACGGUUUCUUAUCACAGGACAUACAAACGGAAGUGUACAGGUACGUGUGGCAUAAUUAAGUGGUACAUUUCGAGUGAGGGUAUACCACUCCCGGGACUCUGGAACACUCGGUGCUAGUCUGAGCGUGUCAAUCUUCGUUAGUUUUGAUGGAAGGUUUUCAAUAACUGGUCCCAAGGAUUUUUUUGCGUCCACUGUUGCUUUCGCUUAUCGAUUACUUUGAUUUUUUCUAUUGAUAAAAGAGGAGCUAAGGAAGCAGUCUUAGCGAGUGUCAUCCCGUAACCGAUAUUCACAGCGUGCACGCGAGAGAUCUGCCCUCUUUCUUCUCACGACUCGCGCGUGACCCUUGGCUGGCUGGUCUUGUGUACGCCAAGGAGGUGUUGUGUUUGACAGUGUUCUGUUUUUCCAUUUUCAGAUGUGGGAUUUAACAACUGCUCUGGAAAUUGUCUCCAAACAGUCUGGUGAAACUACAGGUGAGUGUUGGAUAAAACUGUAUAUUACUUGUCUUUGUCAUUUCUUGAUCUGUGAUUGGGCAAUUAUCGUUCCGUAACUUAUUGCACAAACUGAUUUUAACUCAAGAUUAUUCCCUUUUUUCCACAUUUUUAGUUCUUUAGUCAUAGUUUUUCUCCUUAUGUAACCUUGUAAUGCAAGUUCUAAAUUUAAGCAGCACAAUCCUUUAAUGGUCGCCUCGUUGUUGUUGUACAAAAAGAAAGACAUAUAACUAACAUCUUAUUAGUCUCGUUUUCUCUGUCCGUACUUUAAAUUAUGGAUCUUCCCCUCACGCCCUAAUUUUGAGCUUGAGAGAAAAAACGAGGUCCUGUAAUUUACAGUACGUAGCCUGCGAACAGGAGACAUUACUUCUCGCUCAUCGGCGAUAAGCGAGGAGAAACGUCUACCGUUCGCAGGCUGUACAAUACGGAGCUAAAAAGCGGCUGAAAUGAGGUAUUUAUUCUUUAUUCGCCUUUGAUACCCCUGUUGUCAUCUCUAUUGCAGAACGUGACGACAUCGGUAAUGUAACGCAAGGGGAGCUGUUACGAACAUUAGAGCAAUGUGACCUUAGCGCGUCACGCUGCACAACUCCUUCCAUAUCACCGGCCACUUCGCUGCUACAAACAAAUUUCACGGGCUCACGACUAAAGCCUUCAUACUCAUGUCCUAGCUUGAAUGAAGACGAUCGAGAUGAAGCAGGGCCCAGUAAUGGAAAAUCUAGAUAUGUUUAUAUUUCGCAAUGUUAAGACUCGUUAGAACGGUUGUUAAGUCUUUCGAGUGCUGUUUCAAAGAAGGAAGUUCGUCAUGAUCUAGGUGCCCCAAGAAGUGGGUAUCCUCUGUAGCAAGCUUUCCUAUGCUUUUCCUAGUAUUUAGCAGCGUGAAACUUUAAACGAGGUAAAACAAAUUAGAGAGGAUGGGAGGAAAAAGUUCUUUUUCUCUUUACCCCUACUCUAUUUGCUUUUGUUUGCUCUCGCCUAAACUUUCAGGUGAAGUUGCUUGUAUGGGAACAUUUGCUAACACGUUGAUAACAGGUGGCCGGGGAAGGAAAAGAAACCGUAUGAAAGAGAAGAGAAACCGGGGCGUUAAGAAAUUUUUGUUUUCCUCCUUCACCUUGACGCGGAUAUAGUAGGGUGUCCAUUAACAGAGUGUUGAUUCUACAUAAAUCAAGUGAUCCCCGAUCAUCGCCUUUUUUUUGCCCCCUCCCCCUCCUCCCCCAUUAAUACAUAAGGAAAGAGGUCAGGCCUGUUGCUUUGGCAACAGGCCUGACCAACAACAUUGGCAUCUCGUAUUACCUUGCGCGUAUAUGCAUAUAAUGCAGCACUUUGAAUGUCUUUUCACGCUCAAUUUCUUUCCAUAAUGGUGGUUGUUAAUUUAUAGAUCAUAAUAAAUUGUUCAUAUUCAUUUUAAAGAAUGUAUUAAUUUAUUAAAGUAAGGAAAAUAAAGCGUUCUUCUUCGGUAAAUUGUUGGUUAUGAGGCUGCCUUUUCA